UAUCGUCACCUAAAAAAAUUGAACAUCUAAUUAUCCUUUCGGUUACCAGAGAUUUUUGGAGGAAGCCUAAUAAAAACCACUGUUUCUUGUGUAUUGCAAAAAUUGAACUUUUAUUUUAUUCAAAAAUGAGUAACUUCCUGAAAAUGACUGCUUCAACAUAUUUUACUGAAGAAAUGGUAUAUAAAGCCUUCAUGCAAUAUUACGAAAGACCAUUACGUGUUCAUUUGGUGGAGAAGAAGGAUGAUGCACUUAUAUAUUUAGUAGAGUUCCCAAAUAUAAAUGAAGCAAGACGGGUUUACAAAAAAUUGAAUAAAAGAGUUAUUGAGGGAGUAAUCCCCUACAGAUUCUUCACGUUCGAAACAGCUAUGAAAACACAAUUGCUUAAACCAAGAAAACUCUAUCCAGAAUACAGUAAUUAUUCCACUUCUUCUAGAAAUCACAACACUGUUGAGUUUGGAGAAGGUAUAAGUAUAAGUACUUCAUUAAUUGACAUCUUAAAUGAAGACUUAUCCAAGCCGUCCAUGAGGGCUUCCAUUAUACCACAAGAAAACUCAGACAGUCCAACAAGUUAUUCGGUCCUAAAUUUUGUUGAACAUAAAUCUUAUCAGAUAUUUGUGCAUCUGGGAUGCUCAGUUACACAGGUCGAAGUAUACUCAGUUUUUGCGAAAUUAUUUCCAACCUGUAUUUCGGCUAGAGUAAUUUGUGACAGAUGCGGAUGUAGUAAAAAUUUUGGAUUUGUUGAAUUCAACAGCAAAACUGAUCAACAACGUGCACUUCAAAUAAGAGAUGGACAAAUUCGAAUACGAGGUGAGAGUGUUAUUGUUCGUGAAGCGUAUUCGACAACAUAUAAGCGUAGAAAUUACAUUUAUAAUCAAAAAAAUACCGGAGUUCGAAAGACUGACGAAUGUCAAGUAUAUGAAGACCAACCACCAAGUAACUCUAAUUCAAGAAACACCAUCAAGAAUAUAUCAUUUCAUCCGAUAAACAAUUCCAGUGAGAAGUUGGGAACAUGUAAAGAGCAACCCACUACUUCUUUGGAUAUAUCUUCUAAUACACCUGCUGCUUCUGUUCUCUUUUUUAAGGGAUUUACAAAAGGUGAUGAACAAACCAAUAACUUUGAAUCCAAAUUUGUCGCAUUGAAAGCAUCAUCCAAUGAGCAUUUAAGUCAGAGCUGUGAUAUGAUCAAUGAUUGUAAUACCGCCGAAAACAUUUUAAAUAUAAAUAAACGGUCAUUUAUAAGCGUUAAUGGAGAGGUUGAAACUGAAAACCCUGAUAAUCACCUUACGGUUAAUCUACUUAGCCAUGAAAAUAUUCAUACGGAGGAAGUAAUACCCAUCAUAUACCAGUCCAAACAGUUCCCUAUUGAGAACAUAAGAACAAAUAGUAAUUCUAAUCUUGAAGAGGGUGUUUUCAAAACGAAUUCGGUAUUGGAAACUACUUUUAAUAAAAACGAAUCAGAAUUAAAUGUGAAUGUUAAUGAUAUAUUCGAAAAUAUUGCAACUAUGAACGAUAAAUCCAAUCUUCGACAGUGCAGCUUGGUUGAUACAAUAGAAGUUAACAAGGAAGCAUUAAUUGAUGAAGAGAAUAACUUAACAAAUGAAGAGUUUCCAACUACAACUGCACCUAAUCCUAUCCAAUAUGGAAAUCAAGUUGAGGUGAGGAAUGGGAUGGGACUCGUUCGUUCUGUUGCCUGGUUUCUAAUGGGUGUGUUCCUACUGAGUUCAAUUAUUACGUCAACUUUCUGUAAUAGUCCAUAAACUUAAAGGCUUUUUUUCUCAUAUAUUUUUUUAGCAAAUUUAAGAAAAAUUUUUGAAAAGUAAGUUAAUACGAUGGACAUCAAAUAUCGA